UCAUUCUAUUAAAAAAAUAAAAUUGAGAAAAUCUGUCAUAAUAUGUCCAAAUUGACAUAUGAACAAAUUCACUCUGGAUACGCAACUCUCCUUUUCUAAAUAAUCAAAAGUUUAUUUCUAUUGUUUGCUUCAAAAUGGGUUUCGAUUACUACGGUAUAUUAGGCGUGAAGCGAUCUUGCAGUCAGUGGGAGGUAAAGCGCGCCUACCGCCGUCUGGCCCUCAAGUACAACCCCGAGAGACACGACAAUGACGAGAACAUGCAACGUAUCUUCGCUCUCAUAGCGGAGGCUUACGAGGUGCUGGUGAACCACAAGCACCGCGCCGUGUUCGACCAGUACGGGGAGGAGGGGCUCAAGCGCGGCGUGCCCGGCCCUACAGAGUACAUCCAGCCCUACACCUACCACGGAGAACCACUCAAAACCUACAGCGACUUUUUCGGAACCACUAACCCCUACGCAGACCUCCUGGACUACUAUGAAAACCCCCCGCCGAUGUUCGAGUCCCCUCUCGGCAAAGGCUACAAAGAGAAAGAUGCUACAAUAGUCCGACCGCUGGCGUUAUCACUGGAAGAGGUUUACAAAGGAGGCCUCAAAAAAAUGAAGAUCCAAAGACUGGUGUUCACAGACGAGACGUGCACAGAACUGAAGCUACGAGAGAAGGUUCUGUCGAUACCUAUUAAAGCGGGGAUAUAUCCUAACACGGAGGUGAGGUUCAAAGAAGAAGGGGAUCAGGGACCUACAAGGAUUCCCGCUGACGUCAUCUUCAUCACUGAAGACCGGCCGCACGACUCGUUUAUAAGGUCAGGCCUUAGCGACCUACUGCACGUCCGGACCAUAACUCUAAAGGAAGCGCUCUGCGGUUUCAUGGUCACACUCAAAACAUUAGACGAUAGGAUGUUAAGAAUCAAGGUGACGGACGUCGUGACCCCGACCUAUGAAAAGGUUAUAGAAGAAGAAGGUUUACCUGUACCGGCUUGUCCAUUAAAAGCAAAAGGAAACUUGAUUUUGAGAUUCAGAGUCGAGUUCCCGGAAUACUUGUCGAAAAAGAGUAAAAAGGCAUUCGAAGAUGCUUUCAAGGUCGCGGAAGAGGAAGACAAGAAGUUUGAUCAAUUACCUUGUGGGGUCAUGUCCGAGGAAUCUGAUGUUGAAUGAUUACAACUUAACAAUAUGACAUUUGCUUCCAUUUA